AUGGCAGAUCGUCACUAUGGGCAAGUUCUUGUCUUGUAUCUGUCUCCAUCCGUGCCUUCAGACUGUAAGCUCUUUAGGGUAGAAGCCCAUUAUCUCUUCGUUGCUGAACUUUCAUUGUGCAGUGCUAUGUACGUUUAUGGUGCUAGGUCCUAUCGACACGUCAGCUUUCCAGAUGAUGAUGCGGAGGAGAUAGUGCGCAUUAACCCACGAGAAAAGAUUUGGAUGACAGGUUAUGAGGACUACCACCAUGCCCCCUCGCGAGGGAAGUACAUCGACACCGAUGAUGUGGACUUGUACAUACGUUUUGCCAAAAGCGAUGCCUCAAAACACAAUUACAAUUAUCCUUACAUAGACAGCUCAGACUUUGACCUGGGUGAAGAUAUAAAGGGAGAUGUGAUAAAGACUCAGCCUGUCAAGUUCAAACCAAGAUGGAAGGAAGAUGGCAAGAGAUCGCGGUGCGUGUAUUGCAGGGACAUAUUCAAUCAUGAGGAAAACAGGCGGGGUCAGAGUCAGGACGCACCAGACCACGUCAGAAGUUGCAUCCGUCGAUUCAGCUGUAUGUGGUGUGCGGACAGUAUAUUUAUAUACUGUCCGCACACCACAUAA